AUGAAUUCAAAUAAUGUUGUUCAACCGGAGCGUAAACAAUGGACCAAUCCUAUCGAAUUCUUUUUAACAUUGGUAGCAUUUGCUGUUGGCUUAGGAAAUGUUUGGCGUUUUCCAUAUCUUUGUUUUAAAAAUGGAGGAGGUGCAUUUCUUAUACCAUAUACAAUAAUGCUUAUCUUUAUUGGUGCACCUGUUUUCUAUCUUGAAUUAGCUUUAGGACAAUUUACUAGUGCUGGUCCAUUAGUUGUAUGGAAUGUCAAUCCAUUAUUACGAGGUAUUGGCUAUGCAUCAAUGGCUACAAAUUGUUUUUGGGGUCUAUAUUAUAUGGUACUCAUUGCUUAUUGUUUUUAUUAUUUAAUAGCAUCGUUUCAACUUCUUGUUCCAUGGUCAACUUGUGAUAAUUGGUGGAAUACACCAUUGUGUACUGAUAAAAGAACAUUAGCUAAUUUAAGUCGAAUUGAUCUUCUUUCGAUGAAAAAUAUGACAAGUUCGCCGAGUGAAGAAUAUUUUUAUCGUCGAGUACUACAGAUAAGUAGUGGAAUCGAAAAUACAAAUGGCAUUGUUAUUGAAUUAGUUGUUGCUUUAGCAGUUGCUUGGCUUAUUUGUUUUUUGGCAUUGUCAAAAGGUGUUCAAUCAUUGGGCAAAGUUGCAUAUUUUACUGCUUUAUUUCCUUAUGUAAUGUUAACUGUUUUAAUUAUUCGUGGAGCAACAUUGAGUGGUGCUGUUGAAGGCAUUAAAUUUUAUAUGGGAACAGUUAAUUUCAGUGUACUAAAAAAUCCAUCUGCAUGGAAAGAUGCAUGUACACAAGUAUUUUAUGCAUUAAGUUGUUGUAGUGGUGGUCUUAUUGCAAUGGCCUCAUUUAAUGAUUUUAAUAAUAAUAUUUAUCGUGAUACUUUGGCUAUUUGUAUUGUUACAUGGUUUACAAGUAUAUUUGGUGGAUUUGCAAUUUUUACUGUUUUAGGUCAUAUGGCUACAAAAAUGGGUAUGAGUGUUGCUGAUGUAGCUAAAGGAGGACCUGGUCUAGCAUUUGUUGUCUUUCCGGAAGGUCUAUCAAUGAUGCCAUUUGCACCUCUAUGGUGUAUUCUAUUCUUUUUAAUGAUGUGUACACUUGGUUUUGGUUCAGAAUUUUCUAUUAUGGAAACAAUAAUGGCUAGUAUUAUUGAUGAAUACAAAAUAUACUUAAAUACAUCGAAGAAAAUUAUUAUAUUUCGAUUUUGUGUAUCACUUGUUUUUUUUCUACUUGGCUUGUCCAUGAUGACUCGAGUAUGUUUAUUAUUAAAAACCGGCAGCACCAUAGAUAAUUUUUGUGAUGAUAUUGCAUUGAUGUUAGGUGAAGAACGACGUCCAAGUAAAUUUUGGCAAAUAUGUUGGAAAUAUAUUUCACCAAUUAUUCUUGUUGUUACAAUUGUAUUUUCUUCUCUAUUCUAUCAAGAUAUAACACUAGAUGAUUAUACAUAUCCAUCAUGGGCCCUUGCGCUUGGUUGGAUAGUAGUAAUACUAUGCGUUGGCUGGCUUCCAUGUAUUUUUCUUAUUGAAAUUUGUAAUCGUGGAACAUGGAACAUAAUUAAAGAAGCUCGUUUACCUCAUGUUCAAUGGGGACCAGCAAGAGAUGAACAUCGUCUAUUGUCACCUCGUUAUGCAAGAGAUAUCAAAGUGAAAACACUUAGUAUGCAAACAUUAUCGACAAUUGAUAGUGCUAAUUUUGAUUCAGAUGCAAUAGUCAAUUCGAACUUCUCUGUCAAGCAAAUUUCGGAUAUACCAAUUACAACUUUUUAA